CCGAAACCACGCACCCCACCCAGCCGUUUAAAAAGCCUAUCGCAUCCUCCUUGCAUCGGAGACCGAUCUCAUUCAAAGAACACGCUCCUUCAUCUUCCUCGGCUGUAUCUCUUCUUGUCUCGGUUUUACAGUUGGAUUUACAUAUCAGCCUUGUAUUUUUUUACUCGAUAACUACUAGCAAUUAUGGAUGAUUGGGAGGAUGAGCAGCUUGCACCACUUCCAGCUAAAGUUGAGCUUAAAAGCAACUGGGAUGACGAGGAUGUAGAUGAGAAUGUAGAUGAGAAUGAUAUUAAGGACUCUUGGGAGGAGGAUGAUGAUGAUGAUGACAACGACGAACCUGCUCCGGUACAGCCUGCUACUGAGAAGGCUAAAGCAGCAGCCAAAGCUGUUGAAAAGAAGGGUAAAGCAGCCGAUGUUCCCAAAGAAGCACCAAAGGAAGAAGAACCUUUGGAUCCUAUCUCUGAGAAACUUCGCAUGCAGAGGCUUGUUGAAGAAGCUGACUACAAGGCAACUGCUGAACUCUUUGGAACGAAGGGUGAAGAGACAAAACUCGAUGUGUUCAUCCCCAAGUCUGAAAGCGAUUUUUUGGAAUAUGCUGAAAUGAUUUCUCAUAGGCUUAAACCAUAUGAGAAAAGUUAUCAUUAUAUUGCGCUACUCAAAGCAGUCAUGAGACAUUCCGUGACCAACAUGAAGGCAGCAGAUGUUAAAGAUGUUGCUUCGUCCAUUACAGCAAUAGCAAAUGAAAAACUUAAGGCGGAGAAAGAAGCUGCUGCUGGUAGAAAGAAGACUGGUGGGAAAAAGAAACAACUGAUUGUAGAUAAGGCCAACGACGAUCUAGUGGCUGGUCCUUAUGAUGCCAUGGACGAUUUCGAGUUCAUGUAGAUUAUAAGAGCUUUUUUGAGAGCAUGUAAUUUGGAUUUGUCUAUUUCAUCAUUUAUCACUCAGAAGAAGAACAAAAGUUUAUUAUUUCUGGAAAUAUUACUUGGAGAAAAAAACAAAGCUUGAUUUAUGAGUAUUGGUCAGUUUGGUCUGGAGAGAUUA